CUCCUGCGAUGACCAUCCUCCAGAAAAGUACUCGUCAAGUAGGCAUAUACCAUGUGACAAUAUGGGUGUUAUCUACCUUGCUACAUAUUUUCUACAAAGAAAUCAGUAUAUCAAACCUCCAUAACGUCCAGACAGUUGGACCUAUCUUAUUUGUAGCAGCGCCCCAUUCAAACGAUAUGAUCGAUCCAGCGAUGAUCUCCUCCGUGCUUCUCUUCCAUCUUCACCACCCUGUUUCGUUUCUGGCAGCUGAAAGAGUGAUGAGAAGGCGAUUCAUUUCCAUGAUUGCCACUGCAAUGGGCUGUAUUACAUUGCGCCGUGUCUGGGACCGGGCAAAUUUAGGGCGUGGAAGGAUCUUUGCCCCGGAUAUCACGAAUGAGCCACAGCUCAUAAAGGGACGGGGGACCCGAUUCGAUCAAGAUGCCAAAGUUGGGGACUUUGUGAUGAUCGUAGUCGCUAAACAGCGAAUUUUGAGAGCGGAAAUUUCAGAGAUUCGAGGACCGCAAGAAUUGUAUUUGAAAGAAGGCUUCACUGGAUUGGACAAUCCCAAAGAGGUACUCACGGAUUCAUUGUACUCACUUGCCCGUAAGCCAGAGUCUGACAAUGCGUUUCCCUCGAUAUUUGCAAAAUUCAAGGAGGGUGGUGCGAUCUGCAUGUUUCCGGAAGGAACAACUCAUGAUCAAUCGGACCUUCUUCCUCUAAAGACGGGUUUCGCAGUUAUUGCGCUGUCUUAUUUGGCCGCCAACCCUCAUUCAACUCUGAACCUUGUUCCUUGUGGAAUACACCAUACCAAUGGGCACAGAUUUCGGUCCAGAGCAGCAGUCGAGUUUAGAGCCCCAAUAUACGUCCCGAAAAGUCUUGUAGAGAGAUAUAGGAACGGCGAAGAGAAAGGUGCAGUAAGGGAACUAACGGAGAUCGUAUAUCAGAACUUGAAAGAAGUUACCUUUAAAUAUCCGGAUUCUAGGGUUUUAGAUUUAGCUCAAGCACUCAGACGAAUCUACGAGCCCAAUAGUGGUCUCUACCCCAUGGAUCAAAAGGCUUCACUCAACAAAAAGAUGUUGAAGCUAUUAUCUGAUCCACAACAAGACUCUAGAGUCAAGAGUCUUCUGCGCAGCGCAAACGAGUACGAUCUCCAGCUUCGUGAUCAAGGCAUACAGCACCAUCAAAUCAGAUACGCAAGACUUUCUUGGAAGCAUUCAUUAGUGCUCCUCUUUUUUCAACUCGGCAAACUGCUCCUCAUCUCACCCGCCAUAUUUCCAGGCCUGCUUCUCUUCACGCCAGUAUUAAUCUUAGCAAACUCAAUAUCAAAAAAGAAGGCAAAGUUGGCAGUUGCAACAUCUCCAUUCAAAAUCCAAGGCCUCGAUGUCGUAGCAUCUUGGAAGACGCUCACUGCAAUGGCUGUCACGCCUUUUCUCUAUUCCUUCUAUACUGCAUUAUUGACGUACUGGGCCAUUCAAAAUCAAUUCUGCGGCGUGUUGCCCAAAGAUAUCCGGGUCGGGAUUGUUGCAGCUGUUGGAUUUAUUCUUCUUUCUGUCAUAACUUUUGUUUCAUUCCUUACGGGAGAUUACGCUGUGGCAACUCUGAAAUCUCUAAGGCCAUUACUGAUGCUACAACGACGGAGAAGCUCUAAACAGAUGAGAGAUAUGUACAACAAACAAUCUGUGCUGCAGCGCGAAGUGAGAGUACUCAUUGAUUUACCUUCGUGCGAAUGACCAGAAGCUGCCACGAAAUUUCACGUACCCUUUGAACGCGUUAGGAGAAGCUGGAUGUUUCAUAGGCAAAAGGGGAAGAAUUGUAUGUAACAUUAGAUAGUAGUUCAUAGAAUCAUGCUUUACGUCCG